AUGGCUGUGGGCUCAAAACCAAAGGCAGCUCUCGUGGGCCCUCACUGGGAGCGGGAGAGGAUCUGGUGCUUCCUGUGCUCCACGGGCCUUGGCACCCAGCAAACGGGGCAAACAUCCCGCUGGUUACGGCCGGCCGCAACCCAGGACCCUGUCUCUCCUCCUCGCAGCCUCCUGAUGAAGCAAAGGAAGUUUCUGUACCACUUCAAAAACGUCCGCUGGGCCAAAGGUCGGCACGAAACCUACCUGUGCUACGUGGUGAAGCGCCGGGACAGCGCCACCUCCUUCUCCCUGGACUUCGGCUACCUGCGGAACAAGUCCGGCUGCCACGUGGAGUUGCUGUUCCUGCGCUACAUCUCCGACUGGGACCUGGACCCGGGCCGCUGCUACCGCGUCACCUGGUUCACGUCCUGGAGCCCCUGCUAUGACUGCGCGCGGCACGUGGCCGACUUCCUGCGCGGGAACCCGAACCUCAGCCUUCGCAUCUUCACGGCACGCCUGUACUUCUGCGAGGACCGCAAGGCCGAGCCCGAGGGGCUUCGGCGGCUGCACCGCGCGGGUGUGCAGAUAGCAAUCAUGACCUUCAAAGACUACUUCUACUGCUGGAACACCUUCGUGGAGAACCACGAGAGAACGUUCAAGGCCUGGGAGGGGCUGCACGAGAACUCCGUUCGCCUGUCCAGGCAGCUGCGGCGCAUCCUGCUGCCGCUCUACGAGGUCGACGACCUGCGCGACGCCUUCCGCACGCUGGGUCUUUGAACGCCGCCGCCAGGAGCCGCGCGCGCAUCUCCGGGAGCGCGAGGACGCCACCGGAGCCCCACACCUGCUUUCGCCCUCAGUCGCACUUCCUUGGAGCGCGGAGGGGAAAUGUUCGGACAGGACGGCCUAACACACCCGCGUCUCGCAAAGGCCGGAAGCGCUUGGCCAGCAGGGGGCGCGGGCGGCGCAGGCCCAACGCGGCGUCGCCCCCUGCCGGGAAGCGCGGGAACUGCAGGGCCCCGUGAAGCGCGCCGAGGCGUCUGGGUGUCUGAGUCACGCGAUCCUGCUACUGACGCCCGGUGAGCAAACCGGGACCCGGCGCCCCGACCCCCACAGCACUCGUGCAUGCUCGUGCUUCUGUGUUUGCACGGCAGAGGCCUGGGAGGUGGGGCGUACACUGGGCGUGAGUCACGCGAGGAGCGCCACGGCCCUAAUCCCAGCACUCGGGAGGCCAAGGCAGGAGGAUCGCCUGGACUUCGAGGCCAGCCUGGGCUACAUACGGAGACUUUGUCUCAAAAGUAAAGGAACAAAAGACAAACGUAAGGCGCCGUGGGAUGAGCGGGUGUCUCUGCAGCAGCCUCCUUUGGAGGCGCAGACGCCUAAGCCGGCCCGCAGACACCCGCAGGCCGGAACUCGGAAGGAAAAUCUCUUCUCUCACGGGGCUGCUGACCCAACCAGGCCAGGGUUUUCUGCUUUCCUAUGUGUGAUGCUUUCCCCAGCUCGGUAAGAAGCAGACAGGAGCAGCAGCGAGAGGAAGGGGGCGCGGAGAGCCGCGGAGCAUGCAUGCACAGCGCAGGCGCAGGCGAGGGGAGAACGUUCCAGUAACCCCCGGGCAGUGUUGGCUAGCAACCGUGCCCCUCUGCAGGCACACUGCUAGGGGAGUGCCCACACGCGCGUGCACAGGAGCACGGGCCACCGUGAAUGAUCAAACCGGCGUUAUUCACGAGCGCCCAGAAGCGCAAACACUCAGAGCUCCAUCAAUUGAGAAGUGGAUUUUAAAAAGCGUGGUAUUGCUGAACAGUGGGGUUUUAUUCAACUAUAAAAGGGAAUAACGGCGGCGAUAUAGGCCUGUGUCCUGAGUUCGAGGCCAGCCUGGACUACAUAGAACUUGUCUCAAAAAAAAGGGAUGAAAUACUCAGUAGAACAUGGAUGGACUUACAAUACUGUGCCCUUUUUCUAUUUUAUUUUGAGACAGGGUCUCCCUAAGCCCGG